UAUCAGAGCCCCCGAAAUCAGUGGGAAUGGGCAGUGACUGCUCACAUUCAGCACACCUUUUCCAUUUGCUAAUAAGGCCCUGCCAGGCUGGGAGGGAGUUAUCUCUGCGGGACUCUGGAGAGAAGCACCACUGAGACGGUCCACGAGCACCAUGGAACUCCUUCAAGUGACCAUCCUUUGUCUUCUUCUGUCCAGUCUUUGUAGCAGUGAAAACAGCACAGAUGUUAACAGUAUAACCACUCAUGUAUUACCAUCAGCAACAAUUUCUCCAACAAAAACAUCUGUAUUGAAACCAACCACAGUGUCAAAUCCUGUUAUGGAAGCGACAGCUGCAAUGUCUAUAGGAACAACCAGUAAGAAACUCUCAAGUACAUCUUUGCAGCCAACACAUUCUUCUUUAACGGCAACAGUUAAAGGUGAAGGAACCACAACCAGUGAUGUCACAAAGACCGAGUUCACCAUCACAAAUACAACAGUGACAAAGAUCCCACUUUCAAAUGCUUCUUCAACAUUACAAAGUUCCCAACACAAAACUGAGAAUCAGAGCUCAAUCAAAACAACAGAAGCACCAGUUAACCCUCUACAUCCAGAAGCGUCACCUUCUAACACCAGUACAUUACCCUCGAUCUCAGUAACAACGCCAGGAAACAGCUCCCAGUUUCAAGGUACUGAGGACGCAAAAAAUGCAAGCUCUUCUUCAGCCAGCCCCUCUUACUCCAGUAUUAUUUUGCCAGUGGUGAUUGCUUUGAUUGUAGUGACACUUUCUGCAUUUGUUCUUGUGGGUUUGUAUCGAAUGUGCUGGAAGACAGACCCAGGCACACCGGAAAAUGGAAAUGACCAACCUCAGUCCGAUAAAGAGAGUGUGAAGCUUCUCACUGUUAAGACAAUUUCUCAUGAGUCAGGUGAGCACUCUGCACAAGGAAAAUCCAAGAACUGACAGCUUGAUGAAUCCUCCCCACACCUGGGCAAUAAAUAUGCUUAAUCUUCAGCUUCUAUGCUCCAGAGAUAGGAAGGGAGACUCGAUUUAUGGACUCAGUCCCGAUUCCAGUUCUGCUCUCCAGUCUGUGCCAGUUGCCUGUCCCAAUAAAGUGAUGUUCAGAUGACAUGCAAUAAUUUCUUAGAAUCUAAAAGAAGCCUGGGCCUCUCCUGUCAUUUGAGACGUGAAAAAGCACAUUACUACAUUUUUUAGGAACAUCUUUAGGAGAUCGAGUUUUAGGAAGGACAUUUGUGAGCAGCUAACUUGACAGCCCAGGCAGGUGGGUUCAUGACGACAUGAUCUUCCCUUGAGUUUAAAGUUUCCAGAGCCGACAGUUCCUAUCCAUGGAGACUUCCCUAUUUUCUUGGUGUUCUUAUAUGACCUGAUGUUUGUAUUUAUUGUUUUGUACUAUGUUAAUGCAGGGACAAUUUGCAAGUGUAUUAUUAAAUAUUAGGUAGAAAUCAUGCCAUGCGUCUUUGUACAUAAAGAUAUUUUAUUCAUAUUUUCAUGUGUUAUUCUUAAUAAAUAAUUACUAUAUUCCACUCACUAAAAAUAUCAUAAUGUGACUGUGAAAAUGGCAAUGAUAUUGUCUUUGCAUAAUUAUGAAUAUUUGGGGGCUGAUUAUCUGAAUAUGAGAGCUCAUAAUGAAAGGCGUCUGUAAUAAGUGAGAAAGGAACAAAGGAUUCACAAAUCAGACUCCAUGAAAAGGAAGUCAGUUUACCAUUUCUCUGGUCUUUCUAUUUGUAAUUCACACUAUGUGACAAGGAUGUAAGGGCAUUUAUGACACUCUCUACUGCAUUCAUUAAGAUGACAACAGGAUUGAGAUUUUUCAUAAUCCAUUUGGUUGACAGUGUCUGUGCAUUUUUAAUUUUUUUCUAGAAAUGCAAUGAUUUGUUCUAGCCAUCAUCAUCAAAUCUCCAGUUUGUAGAAACCAACACUUCAUAAAUAGAUAAUUGUGAUAUGAUUUCUCAGUGUAUCACUUUCCUAAAAAUACCAUACGAUCAUAGCUGCCAUUCCCUCAGGAGCAAAUUCUUCUGUUGAAAGCUGACUGAUCAACCUUGACCACUUCUUGGGUACAAUGGAUCAAAAUGUCAUGUUGGUUGAAGUUCUAUGGAAAGCCUUGGAACUAAAGCCGCAGUGGCAGACAGCUCUUCAACUUCAUGAUUACCUAAGCUGCUUUCAAUGCUGAAUUAUCUUAGUGACUUGAGUGCAGUGUAGUAGAGACAGAAUGACAUAUUUAAAACUGCUUUUUAAAAUGUCAUUUUUUGCAGUGUAUUUCAAAACUUCCAGCUUUAAGAAUUAUAUAAAUAAGCAUCUUGGUUUUAGCUUCUUGAUAUCUGGACUAUUUCUAAUCAAGGACACCCAAGCAAGCAUGUCUAUAUUACUGAAUGGUGUCUCUGUGUUUUUUUGAGAAGAGAGAUGGGGGAUAUGGGGACAGAAAAAAAGCAAGCAAGAAGGUAGAGAAAAAAGCAAGGAUAUCCAAUACAUACACUUCCCUUGAAAGAUGCUUUGCCUAUGAUCAACUCCAACCUACAAGUCUUUAAAUGGGAAUAGCAAAGGCUGGAGGAGGCCAACCAUGGAGCAUUUGUCUCCAGAAGGAAAAUAUUCCAAUACCCCUAGAAUGCUGUACUGAGCUCCUCAACAGAAGCCUUGUUACACAGGAUGUAUUGCAAAGAAACAAACUUUUCUGCAGUUUAAAUUACUGCAAGUGAUAUGUUAUUCUGGCUUGUAGAAAAACCAUUUACGUGACUUUUCAUAAGUAUUAUUCGAAGAGAGUUUACAAGGAUCAGAAGAAGGAAAGCUUUUUAAUGGUCAUAAAAGAAUGAAAUUCGUUCUAGUUCAAGAAUUUUCCAUAAAGAAGAUGCUUUAUACUAACAAAUAUAGCAUUAAAUCUUUAAAACAGUCAAAGUGAAAAGAGGAUUGAAGACUUGGCGGAGAUACUAGUGGCAUCUUGUAGCACCAAUCUCUUUUGUAGAUAAUGUCUGCAUUUUGAUAAAUCAACUUAAAACUUCUGUUGAAGUAGGGUAUUUUGUUUUCAAUCCAAAAUUAUCAUUAAUCAGAUUUUUUUAAUUAUCUGAUUUAGAUGAUCUAUUUUUUAUGCCUGACUUAUUAUAAUCUUUUUAUUCUGAUAUACAGCUCAAAUGUCACUGCAACAAUAGAAAGGCUGUACUUAGACCAAAGCUAAACCUUUUUAUGUAUUUAUUCUGCAUGACAAUAUGAAUAUAAUUUAAGUCUAUCAAUAGUCAAAACAUAAACAAGAGCUAAUUAACUGGCACUGUUGUCAUCUGAGAAUAAGCAGAUGUUGUUGGCCGACACAGUGGCUGUGAUUAGCCAGCAGAGAAAGACUUCUAAAUUCCCCUUGCUAAGCUGAAAUAUUCCAUUACACAUCUGACAAAUCUGUGUCUUAUUUCUUGUCUACCUGCCAUCAUGAGGAUCAACUUAGGACAUGGACGAACCUUCAACAAUGAACGUGCUAGCUUUCCCUGAUUUUUCUCUGUUGAGCCCUACUCGUGAUUAUUCAAGAUUUUAUGGGGUUUUAAAAAGAAAACUGGAUAUGUCCUUUAAAAGUUAUGUUUUGGAUGACACCUAGUCUCAAAACUAUGAAACUGUUAAUUAUUACCUAUAUUCAAGAUAUCCAUCAUUGUGGUUAAUUAAAUAAUAGUUAUCCUGAGCUAAGAAUUUAUGAUGGAUUAUCCACAGAUCUUUCCUUAAAAAUUUCCCCACCAACACAAACUAGAUUUCUCAUGUUUCAUUAAAUGAGUAUACUUUGUCCUUGCUUCAAGGCGAUUUGUCUGGUGGGUGGACCUGAAUAUAUUUUCUGGUCUGGGUACUUUUUAAAAGAAAAACAGUUUUGAUAAAUAAUGGAAAAACAUCUAUCAUGCCUACCAAUGUUACAUUCCUGAACUUGAAGUCAGAAUUCUACUGAAGUGAUCAUGGACAAUAUCAUUAGUUGCCUAACACCAUAUCCAACAUUCACUACAUGCCAGGCAUUAUGUUAAACACUUCACAUUCAUCAUCUCAGUUAAUUGUCACAAUAAUGGUAAGAAAUAAUUUCUAAUAUUAUAUUACUUUUUUCUUAUUGUUGUUAUCAUCAUAAGCAUAAACAUAAGCAUAUCCAUUUUAAAGAUAGGAAGCCAAGACAGAAAGUUACAUAAUUUACCCAGGUUGUACAACUAGUUAACAGCAAAAAUUUAGAUUCCAACCUAAAUCCCAAAUCCUUGUUCCUCAUCACUAUACUACUUAAGUCUUUCUAAUCUAAGUUUAUUUAUCUAAAAAAAGGGGUGAAAGCAUUAUACUCCUGGCCAUAGUUAAAAACGGGGACCAGAUUUAUCAUCCCCCUAUAAACAAUUAAAAAACUAAACUACCGUUUCAGACAAUGAACAAAAGGCAGAACUGGACCAUGAUCCAUUAGAAGAGAGAAACAAAAUUGUGAGCCCUAUGAAGGCCUGACUUUGACACAUUUCAGACCAGCUGCAUAGAGCAGGACCAUUAAGUAGAACCUGAGAAUCACACUGGGUUGAGGAGACAUAGAUUGGAGCAAGGGGACUACAAUAGCUGGAAUUCAUGGAGCAGAGUACCAGACAGGAAGGAGCUACAUAAAGACCUCCAAAAAUCUGCAUAUAGGUGACUUUUUAUCUGUUGAUAAUGGGAUAUUAAACUGUGCAUAUGCUUAGGGUAAAACUUCAUGAAACCAGGCAAAAAAGAGCUGUAGCUGAAAAUUCCUAGACAUCAUACAGGGCAGAAAGACAUUCAGGGUCUGACAAGCUAUAUUGGAAAAUCCUCACUGAUCACCUUGAUUGAUGAUCCCACAAGAGUCACACUUUAGUAGUUGUGCUAAAAUACCCCUAGAGUAAAGGUGACUCUAGAUAAACCCUAGAACAGCCUAAAAAUAAACCCUAAAAGAAUGAAAAAACCCAACAUAUUUAAAGACUUCCCAGGACAAGGUCUGACAAUCUUUGAUAAAGACAACAAAAUACAGCAAAGCAACACAUCAACAACAUAAAGUUCCAAAUAGUCAUUAUCCAAUCUAAAAUGAUAUAGAUGCCCACAGAAUGGGAGAAGAUAUUUGCAAAUGACAUUACAGAUAAAGGGCUGAUAUCCAAGAUAUAUAAAGAACUUCCCAAAGUCAACAGUCAAAAAAACAAGUAACCUGGUCAAAAAAUGGGCAGAAGACAUGAACAGACACUUCUCCAAAGAAGACAUACAAAUGGCCAACAGACACAUGAAAGGAUGCUCAACAUCACUAGCCAUCAGGGAAAUACAAAUCAAAACCACAAUAAGAUACAACCUUAUACCAAUUAGAAUGGCAAAAAUUAACAAAACAGGAAACAACAAAUGUUGGUGAGGAUAUGGAGAAAGGGGAACCCUCUUACACUGUUGGUGGGAAUGCAGGCUGGUACAGCCACUCUGGAAAACAGUAUGAAAUUUCCUCAAGAUGUUAAAAAUAGAGCUCCCCUAUGACCCAGCAAUUGCACUACUAGGUAUUUAUCCCAAAGAUACAGAUGUAGUGAAAAGAAGGGGCACAUGCACCCCAAUGUUCAUAGCGGCAAUAUCCACCAUAGCCAAACUGUGGAAGGAGCCGAGAUACCCUUCAACAGAUGAACAGAUAAAGAAGAUGUGGUACAUAUAUAAAAUGGAAUAUUAUUCAGCCAUCAGAAAGGAUGAAUAUCCACCAUUUGCAUCGACAUGGAUGGAACUGGAGGGGAUUAUGCUAAGUGAAGUCAGUCAAGCAGAGAAAGACAAUUAUCAUAUGGUUUCACUCAUAUGUGGAACAUAAACAAUAGCACAGAGGACCAUAGGGAAAGGGAGGGAAAUCUGAAGGAGGAGAAAUCAGAGAGGGAGAUGAACCAUGAGAGACUAUGGACCCCGGGAAAAAAACUGAGGGUUUCAGAGGGGUGAGGGGGAGGGGGUAACAGGGUGAUGGGUAUUAAGGAAGGCAAGUGUUGAGAUGAGCAAUAGGUAUUAUAUGUAACUAAUGAAUCACUGAACACUACAUCAAAAACUAAUGAUGUACUAUACACUGGCUAACUGAACAUAAUAUAAAUAAAUAAAUAAAAUUAAUAAAAUUUAAAAAAUAAAAUGAUAUAGAUGCCCCCAAAGAAGUAAACUGUGAACUAUAAUCAUGAGAAAAAUCACUUGAUAAAGAGGGAUUCAUAAAUGAUAAAAAGGAUGGAUACUUCACAGCUAAUUCCAGUAGGCUAGUAUUAUCCUGAUAAGAAAACCAGCCAAAGACAUUACAAUGAAGAAAAAAAAAACAAAAAAAAACCCUAUGGGUCAAUAGCCCUCAUGAACAUAAAUACCAAAAAUAACCCAAACUAUUAACUAAAUAUUAGCAACUAAAAUUCAGCAAUAUAAAAAAUAUCAAGUGAAAUUUAUCCUGGGAAUCCAAGGUUAUCUGACAUUUGAAAAUCAGUCAUUGUAAUUCAACAUACUAGCAGAAUAAAGGAAAAAAAUCCAUAUGCUUACCUCAAUAGAUACAGAAAAAGCAUUUGAUAAAAUUCAAUAUUCACUUAUCAUAAAAUAUCUCAUCAAAUUAGGAUUAAAAGAGAACUUCCUCAAUCUGAUAAAGCACAUUUAUGAAAACCUACAGCUAAUUCAUAUAAGUGGUGAAAAUAAAUGCUUUUCUCUAAAAUUAAGAACUAAACAUUUCUCUCUUAUCACUUUUAUUCAACAUUGUUCUGGGCUGGAGGGGGGUGGGGGUUAGGUCCUAGCCAAUGUAAUAAUGCUAGAAAUAAAAACAUAUAUAGACUGGAAAGAAAGAUGACAGAGUCUGCAUAAAUCCUAUGAAACCCACAAAAAAACUCCUAGGAUUAAUAAACAGAUUUGUGAUGCUUAUGGAAUGUAAGAUUAAUAAACAGAAUCAACUGAUUUAUUUAGUAACAAAAAAAAAAGAAAGUUGAAAAGAUAUACCAUUUACAACAAAUAUAAAGUUCUUAGGGAUAAAUUUUACAAAAUAUGUGCACUCCUUAUACAUUUAAAACUGUUAAACUUCUGAGAGAAAUUAAAGAACACCAGAUCAUAGAUUAACCUACCCAAUAUUAAGAUGUCAUUUCUAUUUAAAUUGAUUGAUGACUUUAUCAAAAUUCCAUUCUAAAUCCAGUUUUCAUUUUUUAUAGAAAUUGAUGGUAAUUCAAAAGUUCAUAUGAAAAUAAAAUGAACUUAGAAUUGCUAAUUUUUUUUUUUUUUUUUUUUUUUUUUUAAGAAUAAGCUUGGGCUACUUAUACUCCUGGAUUGGAAGACUUACUCUAAAGCUACGGUAAUCAAAACAGUUUGUACUGACCUAAGGAUAGAAUUUAAUUAAUAGAACAAAAUAGAUAUUGCAGAAAUAAGUAAAUAUGUGAUAUUUCCCUAUACACACACGCAUAUAUAUCAAAUGAUUUUUGACAAGGGUGCCAUAUUAAUUCAAUGGAGAAAGGAAUGGUUCUGGAACAAUAGUUAACUCAUGUGCAUAAAAAAGGUCAACACUUACCUCAUACUACACACAUACCAACUUAAAAUGUGUCAUAAAUUUAAACACUAAAUCCACAUCUAUAACUUUUGCUUUCUAUAGAGUCAGUAAAGGUUCCCUAAAUAGGACACCAAAGGGCAAAAUUAAAAGCAAAAUAAGUUGAACUUUAUCAAAACUAAAAAUUCUGCUCUUGAAAUAAGCACUAAUAAACUGAAAAUGCAAGCUAAAGAAUAGAAGAAUAUAUUGGAAUUACACGUCUGAUAAAUGGCUUAUAUCUAGAAUACGUAAGGAACUCAAAAAACUUAAAAAUAAGUCCAUCCACUAAAAGCAGGAAAAAUAUUUAAAAAGACAAUUCACAAAAGAAGAUAUACGAUUUUCCAAUAAGCACAUGGAAAGAAACUCAAUAUCAUUUAGUCAUCAAGAAAAUGCAAAUUUAAAAUUACAAUGAGAUACCACUACAUAUCCACAGGAAAGGCUAAAAUUAUUAAGGCCAAUAAUACCAGGUGUUGGAGGGAAUAUGGAGGAACUAGAACUCUCAUAUACUGCCAGUGGGAAUGUAAAAUAAUACACCAUUUGGAAAACAACGUAGCAGAUUCUUCUUGAAAAAAAAAGUUUCAAAAGUUAAAUGCAUACUUCUCAUAUGACUCACUAUUCCACUUUUAUGUAUUUAUCCAAGAGAAAUGAAAACACAUGUCCUGGCUAUACAAAGACCUAUAACCAAAGGCUCAUUUCAGCUCUUUUCAUAAUAGCCAAAACUAUACACAAUAAACAAAUUGUGGUAGAGUCAUACAAUGGAUUACCAUGCAGCAGUCAAAUGGAACAGACUGCUGAUACACCCAAAAAACGGAUGAAUCUCAAAAACAUUAUGCAUCAUGUGGUAAAAAAGAAGCCAGGGAUAGUGGUGUGCAUACUUUAUGACUCCAUUUCUAUGAAACACUAGAAAGGAAAUCAGAUCAGUGUCUGUCUUGAGCCAAGGAUAAAGGGGAGUGGUGUGCCAGGGAAUAAGCACAGGCAAUAUUUUUGAGACGAUAGAAGUUUCUGUAGUUUGAUCAUGGCGUGGGUUAGAAGGUAUACUUAUUUGCCCAAACUCAAGCUGUACACUUAAAAUAGGAAUUAUUUUAGGUAUAAAAUAUGCCUUAAUAAAAGUGACUUCUAAAAAGAUUUUAUAAAGUUUUUAAUUUUUUUUUCUUUCUUAAACGUUUACUUUGAGACAUGUUGGAAAAAUUCUACAAGUACACAUGGAAAAAUAAGACAUGAUCACAGUUAAAAGUGAAGACAAUCUAACCAGAAAGCUUUAAUGCUUGUCAGCUACUGUUGAAGCUAAAGUUUUGAGUCUAACAUGAUCCAGGGCUGAAAGGAAUGGUAAUUAGUGUUCCUCUCUCUCUUCUUCACCAUAUUCCUCAACAGAAUCCACACCAACCUCCUCAUAACCCUUCUGCAGGGCAGCUUUGUCCUCACAGUCCUCAGAAAACUCACCUUCCAGGGUAUCUGGGUGGCUCAGUCAGUUAAACAUCCAACUUUUGAUUUCAGCUCAGGUCAUGAUCUUAGGGUCAUGAGAUCAAGCCCCAUGUCAGACUCUACGCUUAUCGGGGAGCCUAUUUAACCUUCUCUCUCUCCUUCCCCCUCUGCUCCUCCCCCUUCUAAAAAAGAAAAAAGAAAAAAGAAAACUCUGCUUCCUCCAUGCUCUCACCCACGUACCAGUGAACGCACACUUGGCAUACAUACAUCAGGUCAAAUUUGUGGUCCAGGUGAGCCCAGGACUCAGCAAUGGCUGUGGUACUGCUCAGCAUGCACACAGCUCAUUGUAGUUUGGUCAGGUCUCCACCAGGUACUACAGUGGGAGGCUGGUAGUUAAUACCAACUUUGAAGUCAGUGGGGUACCAGUCCAUAAAGGGAUGCUUGGUCUUAAUGGUGGCAAUGGCAGCAUUAACAUCUUCAGGAACCACAUAGCCACGGUACAACAGGCAGCAAGCCAUGUAUUUACCCUGGCCACAUUUCACCGUCUGGUUGUCUGGCCCAAAGCACAUAUUGGUGAUCUCUGCUACAGAGAACUGUUGAUGGUAGGCUUUCUCAGCAGAGAUGACGGGGGCAUAGGUGGCCAGAGGGAAAUGGAUGUGGGGAUAGGAUACCAGGUGGGUCUGGGAUUCUGUCAGAUCAAAUUCAGGGCUCCAGCAAAUCUGAGGAAAGCACUGAUGGAAGACACAGUCUGGCUAAUGUAGCAGAUUAGUGUAGUUUGGGCGCUCAAUAUCAAGGUUUCUACAAUAGAUGUCAUAGACGGCCUUUUGUCUACCAUGAAGUCACCAUCAGAGUGCUCUAGGAUGAUGUGGCUGGUGGGGAGGAGUCACAGGGUUUAGCUACAGCUGUAGAGACCUGGGCGGGGCAGAGGGGGGGCGGUGGCGCCUGGGUAAAUGGAGCACUCCAGCUUGGACUUCUUGCCAUAAUCAAUAGAGAGUUCCAUCAGCAGGGAGGUGAACCCAGAACCAGUUCACUCUCCAAAGCUGUGGGAAACCAAGAUGCCCUGAAUACCUGUGAACUGGUUGGCCAGUUUCUGAAUUUAGUCCAAGAUGUGAUCAAUCUUGCCAAUGGUGUCAUGUCCUUGGACAUAAUUGUUGGCAGCCUCUUCCUUGCCUGUGAUGAGCUGCUCAGGGUGGAAUAGCUGGCGGUAAGUUCCAGUGCGAACUUCAUCCAUGACCGUGGGGUCCAGGUCCACAAACACUGUCCUGGGCACAUGCCUGCCCGGACCCAUCUCACUGAAGCAGGUGUUGAGGAGUCAUCUCCUCCCGUAAUGGUGUUGUCACUUGGCAUGUGGCCAUCGGGCAGGAUGCCAUGUUCCAGGCAAUGGAGCUCCCAGCAGGCAUUGUUGAUAUGGACACCAGUCUGGCCAACAUAGAGAGAGAAGCACUUGUGCAUCAUAGCUACAGCUUAGCAGGUACAGGCGACAGGAGCAGACACCAGGUCCCAGCUACUGUCCCUGACGAGCUGAGUUGAGGUAAGUAAUGUACUGACUAUAUAAAUAUUGUUCUACAAGGAGGCGCUAUAUGAUUAAAUUUCUGCUAUGCACUGAAUUGUGCUCCCCCAAAUUUAUACGUUGAAGUCCUAACCCAACAACCGCAGAUUGUGCCUGUGUUUAGGGAUAGGGUCUUGAAAGUGACACAGUGAUGAUGUCAUUAAGAAGGACCCUAGUCCAAUAUGACUGGUGUCCUUAAGAAGAGGGAAUUAGGGGACAACACACAUACAGGGAAAACCGUUGUGAAGACACAGGGAGAAGACAGCCUUUUAUAAGCCAAGGAAAGAAGUAUCAGAAUGAAAUCAGCCCUGUUGACACCUUAAUUUUGCAUUUCUUCCCUCCAGAAUUGUGAAGAAGUAUAUUUCUCUCAUUGAAGCCAUUCAAUCUGUGGUACUCUAUUAUGGUAGUCCUAGUAAACUAAUAUAGUCCUACAGGGCUACUGAGAUAAUUAAAUGAGAUUAUGACGCACAGGGACACAAGAUAUAAUAACUUUUUCCCUCCUUGAUUUUUAGUGACACCCAGGGUUAGAACUACUCAUAUUUAUAUUCAAAGUUAAUUGGCAGGACCGAGAUCCCUUUCCAACACCUGUGAGAAUUUCUAAACCCUUCUAGUCUACCACCAAAUUAGAACCUUCUCUAAGUGUCAUGAUUCUAGGAUUACUUAUUAAUAUAAAUGAGCUUUUAGCAAUGUUAACAUCUAUCUGAUAAGCUGUUAAAAUAUUGAAAUGUUUCAGUAUCAUUGAUAAAUAGCUGCUAUCCUAAGCUUACUCUCCCCCCAAGAGCCCCCACAGCAGCUCGGGUCCCGCCCCUGGGACCUCAGAUCUCUCUAGGAUCCAGCUCCCGAUAGGAUAAUGUCUGGUAAAAGUGAGGCCAUCUGUUCUUUUAAGUCAGUGCCCUAUGCCACAUCUAUGAUUAGAUAUUUUGACUAUCACUGGUUUUAGGGAUGUGUUUUGAUAAUGAGGAGAAUGGCAAAAAGGACGAGUAAUUUGAGAAUUUUUUUUUUUUUUUAAAUACAGAUUUGUUUGAUUUCUGGAACACGUUUAUUUUGUUGACCAAAUGUAGGUCUGGACCAUGUCAAUUCAAGCACACUGAAACAAGAUAAUGUUUGCAAUGCUUUAAGGUACAAAACCUUACUUGUACACAGAAAUUUAGGGUCAGGUCUUCAUUAACCUCCUCUAGGAUCAGGUGUGUGGGGGGGAGAGAGAGAAAGAGAGAGAGCACGCACAUACGCUCUGAUAAGGGAGGAGGUUUUUUGGUGCGCUGGCAACAUAUUGGCAGAGUGAGGGCUAUCUUUUGCCAAUAUUGCAGUGCCAUACAAUAAUGCUGCAUUUAAAUUUUAAGUGUAAGCACUGUGCAGGAUUUAGAGUAUUUUGCUUGGAACUAAAACUAAAGCAAAUGAAAGCACUUAAAAGAAAAACUGUCAGCCCGCCCCUGCUGCUCCCGUUGCAAGGCCAUUUAGUUAUCUCAAAGAGCUUAGAUGAUCUGAGAGAUUAGAGGAGGCCCAGAUGAGGUUUUCUCUGGCUUUGCAGUAAAGCCCACUUACUUGCCGAGGGCUGUAUGAUUGUUUGUCAUUCAUGUGCUGCAAGGGGCGGUUUUUAAUUAAUGCCUCUAUUACCUAAGACUUACGGUUCAGUAAAGUAUCAGAUGAAACUCCGGCAUCCAAGAAAAUGUGCUCAGUCUCAGCUGCAUCCUGUUAUCGGGAUCCGGCCCACUCCCUAGAAUUGGUGUGAAUUUUAUUUCAAAAGAAGAACAGUUCUGAUAGCUGUGCUUCCCACUCUGAGGAGGUUCGGAGUGUGAAGUAUGGAUCUGCAGUCAAACUGUCUGGAUAGAGAAGUGUGGGAAGAUUUCAGAGGUUGAAGCUUUAAGAAAUGUGUGUGGGAAGGGAACAAAUUGAAAUCUGCUAUUAAUACCAAACGCUAAUAGUUAUUAUCAUUAUUAUCAUCAAUAAAGGUUUUUUUACCACCUACUAGUCCAAAGUAUUAUUUUAGGCACAGGAGUGAUGAAAAGAUAUCCUAGGUGAUAAUUCCCUCUAAGAAUGUAUUGUCUGGCCGAGAGAAGAUUUGAAGCUCGAAGGGGAGGGCUUUUCCUGACCUGCAGCUACUAGGGGCAGGCGAGGUGAAGUGAGGACAGGAGCAUAGCAUCUAGUGCUACGUGACACUGCUUUGUUCUCCAAGCGGCGUAUGGUGGGUGCGGCGCACGGGGGCCAAAUGAACGACGAGCUCUGAGUUAGAGUGAGCGCAAGUCUAGCUUCCACGGGUUAGUCUCUCAAUUCCAAAAUGGCAGUAUUAAGGUUUUGAGAGGAUUUAGUAAAAGAAUGCGUGCAAAUCGUUUAACACAAUACCUACCCUAUAAACCAAACAUGAACAACAAUAACCUCAAAACAUCAACAACAAAAAUUAAAUGUAACCGCUAAUACAGACAAGUAAGUACUUAUACAAGGUUGCAGCGUAAAUAGAAGCUGUACCCUGGGAAAGCUUUGCCUCUUUUUCUAUAGGUAUUGAGGAAACUCAAAGUAUUUCAGCCAAAUAGUAUGUUAUAGGGAAGAAACAGUUAAGGGAAGACGCAACCGGUGAUUUCUUUUUUUUUUAAUUUUGCUUUUUGACUUUUUUUCUUAAUGCGGGAAGGGAAAACACACAGUCAAGAUUAUUCCCAAAAGAAUAUAUGCGAUUUGGAUGUUUAGAAUAGCAACCUUCAAGAGAAACAAUUUAAUGACACAGAAUUAUAUUUCCUACUCUUAGUGUCUUUGUCUAUUUUAGGGGGUAGUUUUGGCCAAAGAUCAAGAAGGAUUCCCCUCCUUGCUGAGCCCAAUUAAUGAAUAAGGUAUUUUACUAAAGCAAUAAAAGAUUCACACCCAUAGUAUACAAACAUUAGUCUAAAUAUUUCCAAAAAAAAUCCCUUUAUUUGCUACUCAAUUAAUAAUCAACUAUCACCCCCACUGGAUUCUCAAACUCCACUCACCUGCAUCUCUCUCUUUAAUUGUUUCAAAGGCAUGAGAUUUUUGAUAACUCCCUCCACUCUGUUUUAAAAAGGUUAGAUUUUUUAAAAUUAAUUAAUUCAGUGUCAAAGUCUACAGAUCACUGAACCUGUCCUUAGAAGUAAUCUGCCUGCUUCUUUUAUCCCAAGGUGAUGGACAACAAUAAUAACCAACUAUAAUCUGUACUUUCCUAUUAUGGACAUUGGGAGGCAGGUUUCCACUAUUCUCUAGAAGACAUUGCAAAGUGUCACGUAGGUAAAAAUUCCCAUGAAAGUGCAAGCUCCAAUGACUUAAGUGGAUCUUGUACUUAAUGAUCACCUGAUACAUAAACUUCCUGUUGGAAGAGAAGAGCAUACUGCUUGUUCUCUCCAAGUAUGACUUUUAAGUCCACAAGGAGGAAGCCUCCACAAAAUGGCACAAGGACCCUUUGAGGUAAAGCAAACCUCACUCCUGGAUUCUGCUGUGAAUACACUUUAUCCUAAUCAUAAUAAUGUAAGAUAUGUUCAUAGCCUCUCAGUUUUGGAAUUAUUCAGUAGACAGAAUUUAAGGUUGAACCCAAACUUAAAAGAUCCAAAAUAAUGGCAGAGUUGAAAGAAGUUACGGGAUAAGGGAAGGAGGAGAGGUGAGAGAUGCAGGAGGGACAAUAAUGCCUGUAUUUCACACAAGGAGAAAGAGACACUGUCGAAGUUAAUGGAAAAAAGAAUAGAUUUAAUUAUAUUAUUUAAGGUUAAAAAGAAAAGCAAUAGAAGCAUUGAAGAGUGAUACAGGUUAUUUAACUUGGGAGGUAGUGUUCCUGAGCUAAAUUCUCUUUUAUUCAAUAGCACAGGGUCAAUUAGCCACUACUUACAGAAAAGGAUGUAAGUUUAUUAUUUACAAUUGUAGUGACGAGCCCCAGAAGAGCUGAAAACAGAAGUAGUUAAGGUCAUUAUCUCUAGCUGGAAGCUGGGGCAGAGAGUAAAUGUAAAUCUCAGUUUAGCUCAGCAAGAGCUUUACCAAACAAAUACUACAUAUAUAUUUUUCUCCUUCAAAAAACAUAAUAAAACAAAUAUAUAUAUACUUCUCCUGCCCAUAUAUUAAAAGGUAACAAAUCACACCUUAUAUAUGUAAUAACAAUUUACAAAAGAUUUUACUGAAAUUAUGAUUCCAUUUUCCACAACAACCUUAUGGAUAAGUUGGGCCCCUAUUGUUAAUUUUCCCCUUCUUAUAGAUAUGGGAGCACAUUGUUGGCUCCCAGCAAGAUAAUUUAUUACCAGAGAACAUGCAGACCCUUUGUAAGUGGCCAAGAGAGCUUUAGCUUUAACCCAGGUCUUCUGAUGUUAGUUCAAAGCCGUUUCCAUCAGGGAAGCUGACAUUUUUUGCUUUCCCUGGACUUGAAAAAUUAGAUGGCCUACCAACCUUGCCUGGAAUUACCAAAAAUUGUCAUUAUGUUAACAAGAAGUCAUUCAGUCACCAAAAACUUAAGAGCAAGCUAUUUUUUUCAACAUCUUAGCUUCAUGAGAAGUUUUUUUUAAAAAAGAAUUUAAUAGGUACAUAUUUGGAGACACAUGAUUAGAAUGUUUUGUGCUACUAGAAUUAUUAAAGCUUACAUAUUCACUGACACUAAGCAAAUAAUGUCACUAGACGCACAAUCCUAUGACAAUUUUUCUAAAGUCUAAGCAAAGCUAUUCAAUAGAAAUAUGUGAGCCACGUAUGUGAUUUAAAUUUUCCUGGUAGUCACAUCAAAAACUAGAAGGAAACAGACAAAAUUAAUUAUUUUAACAUAUAUAUACACAAAAUAUAGUUUUUAAAAACUACAAAAGAAAUACAUUCUUUUUUUUUCCAAAGGAAGUCUUUGAAAUUUGGUGUGCAUUUUACACUUACAAGCUAUCUCAGUUCAGAUUCACCACAUUUCAAAUGCUUGAUAACCACUGUGUUUAAUGGCUACAGACUAGGUCCCAAUAGUUUAGGGACCCCAGUCCUGGGAUUUAGUAACUCCAAUACCCAAAACUGAAAAGGGGAAUAGGAAGAUAGAGCAAUACUUUAAAAUAUCAAAAGUUCAGAGCCAGUCCUUAGUGAUGAGAUCAAAUGUUUGCCAAACUCUCCAAUUAAUUUUUCAAAAUGAAGUGUCGCCUAUAUCAUCUUUAUCAAUAAAAACUAUCUUCAAGUAUCCAUCAGUUGUCCUGCUAGUCAUUCCCACUUUAGUUUUCUUCUUGCGAAAGAUUACCACCAGGUUUUUAAAUUUAAUAUCCUACACAUAAGCUCAGCAGCUCUUUGUGCUUGGUAUCCGUAGUGAGAUUGUUAUUAAGAAUACAGUUAAGGAUGCAGCAGGACUAUUUUACCAACCACUCAUUGUGUUGUAAAUUCGUAAAGAGAAACCACAUGUGACUCUAAUGAGGUCAUCACUCUCUUGAUUGUAUGCUAUUAAUGCUUCCUUGAGGCUAUUUUCUAAUAAAACUGCUCACAGAACAGAAAUAAGCUUAUGAAAGGAAAAAAAAAGUCAGUUGGUAAUGAUGUGAAAAUCAAGCUUAGGUUUUAAAGUCCCCAGUCUACAGCAUAUAUUUAAAUAGUUACCAGGUGACUGGAUGGCAUCUGCUAGAGCAAUCAUUCUUUGCUAAAUUAAGAAGUUCUACUCUCAUAACUAGGAGGUGCAUUAAAGAUAACUACACAUAUUAGCAGAACAUUAUCUGUAACAAAAUAUAUACAUGCUCACGAAGCUCCACGCCAACUACAUUAAAAUUGAAAUAAUUAUAUUUGUAAAUACAAUUUAAUUGGAAAAUAUUAAGCAAUCUCAUCAAACAGAUCAAUUUGUUCAAUGCUUUGGCACACAUUCACAUAUAAAUUUAUUUUAAUAGGCUCAUCAGGAUAUAGUUCUAUUAAAGCACCUUUACUAUAAUGAAAUAAUUAUCACCUCAUCUUGCAAAUUUGAAAAUCAAACUGCCCCUUCUAAGGCAAAUGCCACAGAAUUCUCUGGUUAGGACCCAUUACCUGGGAUAGCCUGCAGUAAUUCUAACACAGAUACAAAAUACCCUCCACCCAGAUGACAACGCUGGUCAGGCUCUUACCCGUUCAUUCACUCACUCACUCACUCACUCACUCAUUUAUGUAUUAUGUAUUUAAUUGUCUGUAUCUGCAUUGAAUCUGUGACUCUUUUUGUCAAGGUACAUACACAAUUAGGCAACCAAAAAGUUAUUACGAAUUACAUUUUUCAGAUCUCUUUUCUUCUACUUGUAUUUCUCAACACUUGAGGGAGAUUUCCUGACCACAGCAACAUAUUCUGAAAACUCUUUUCUGUCCCACCCAUUUUAUUCAUAAAAUACACUUAACUUUUCUCAAAUCUUCUCUAAAGGUUCUCUGAGUAAUUCUUCUGCAAGCCCUUCCUUUCCAGCUCUCCUUCUUAUCUUAAUUCCCUAUUACGAAAUCCCAAAGAACUAUCCUCGCAAAGGCAAAAACCUCCAAAGAAGCUGAGUAAAGAGAAAUAAAUGAAAUGACAAGGCCUCUAAACUCUUUUUAAAAAUAGGAAAGAUAGGGACAUUCAUUUUUUUUAAAGAUUUAGUUAUUUAUUUUAGAGAGAGAGAGAGCAUGAGAGCAGGGGGAGACACAGAGGGAGAGAAUCUCAAGAAAGCUCCCCACUGAGCAGGGAGCCCCAUGCAGGGCUCAGUCUUGCAACCCUGAGAUCAUGACCUGAGCCGAAAUCAAGAGUCGGAUGCUCAACAGACUAAGCCACCCAGGCGCCCCAAAAUAGGGACAUUCAUAAUUCAAUUACUUUUUGUCCCAUUACAAUCCAUUCAAUAAACAUUUAGCAACUAGAAAUAAGUGCCAAGAGGCAAAAAUGAGAUAAAUAUCCAUGCUAUUAAGGGGCUUCAGUCUAGUGUUGUAUAUAUGUAUAUGGGGGGAGGAGGUGAUUGUUAUUAAAAUAGUUCCACUUAAAUUGUAUUAGUAUCUGGAUGAAGGUAAUUACUGUAAAGGAAGAGGAAUUGGAAAAUUGACAGCAUUCUGUAAUGUAAGAUAUGAAAGAUGAGCAAAGGAGAUACAACCUAGAUGAUUUGCAGAUGCAUGGCUCCCUUGUAUGACUGGUUGAAUAGUGGUGUCAGUUGAAGACACAUAAACAUGAGAGUGAAUCUGGUAAGUUUAAUUUUGAAGAAGCAGAGCCGGUAAUAUCUAUUUAUAUAUAUAUAUAAAUAGGGGUGGAAUUUGAUUUUGAAUAAAGUGGAAAAGGUUUGGUACAGUCAAUGAUGGGGUUUAUAUAAGUUUCUAGAGAUAAGGCCUGCAUUUUGAAUAAAAGUGAAUGCCCAUUCUUUAUGAUUUUAACAUGCUAAUCCUCACAUCCUGCUUGCCUGUACUUACUCUUCUUAUAUACCCCUUACUUAAUAGUUUUCCAAUUAUAUUUACUAUUUAGGAUUAUACGUUCCCUCAAUACAUCCCUCUUCUGACAUCAGCUCAGAGUCCUUGAAAAUCUGCACUGAUGCUUCCCCAGCAAUUUCCCUGGUAGCUCAUUUUGUUCUAUUCUCCAAGUAUUCUUAGUUUAUGCUUUAAUUUCAUCUGUACUUUGCCUCUCUUGGAGUUGAGCCCGUGUUUUCAGCCAUGACUCCAAGAGAUACCAAACAAAUGCCGGCCGAGUGAAGCAGCAGCGACCCUGCUCAAACUUUAGGUCAAGUGUACUUCUGAUCACACACACACACACACAAGCACGCGCACACACACAUACAUCUCUUUCUGUAAGUACACAAUAAUUCCCUCAGCACUUUCUCUUCUAACCUAUCCGAUGCUAUUUUAAAUCCAUUUCCUCAAAGGAAGCUUCAUCCAGUUAUAUAACUCUUAUCCACAUGCACUUCUCACAGCCCCACACUUGCUUAGCUAACUCAGUCAUUAUCACUCUGGUUUAUGGUCUACCACCCUUCUGAAUCUAGUACCAUCCAUGUGUUCUAGGGAAAAUUACCCUCCAUGAUCCAUAGAUAACUGCAUUUUCAAGACCCUUCCAGUAAGCCUUCACCCUGUUUUUUCAAUCACAUUUAACUACAUAUAAUUCCCUGACUGUUCUAGACUCUGGAUAUUACUACCUUCCUCAGAAAUGCUCUUCCUCUUAGAUCUUCAUCCUUCAGAACUCUUAGCCUUCAUGAUCUUCUCUAAAGACCCCAUAAUUCAAAUGUCACUCCUUCUGUAUCUCAUUGCACAUUUUACAUUACUCUAUUAUAUCUCACAAUAUGUUUUAAUUACCCUUAAUAUAAAAAUAUAUUUGUAUAUUAAACCUGUGCUUCUCACAUUUAUAUAGCCACCCCAUAUCCUUAGCUGAAAAGACUUCUAUCAUGCCAUAGUGCUAACCUAAACAGGUACUCAAUACAUGUUUGUGAAAAAAAAAAGAUUGAUCUUAAUACAAUUUCUUACACAUCAAAAUUUCCAAAUCAAGUUAUUAGCUUCUGUUGUUAUUUAAAGAUUGUAUUUAUUUAUUUGAGAGAGGGAGAAAGAGAGCACAAGCUGGGGGGAGAGGGGCAGAGGCAGAGGGAGAAGCAGACUCCCCACUGAGCAGGGAGCCUGAUGUGGGGCUCGAUCCCAGGACCCUGAUGUGGAGCUCGAUCCCAGGACCUGAGCCGAAGGCAGAUGCUUAACCAACUGAGCCACCUAGGGGCCCCUAUUAACUUCUGUUAUAUACCCACAUUACUAAGUAGGAAGAAAAUAAAAUUGGCACUAGAAUUUAAUGAAACCAACCUUAAUAGUGAAGCCUCAUUUAAAAAUUUAUUCUAGCUAAUUGUCCUAAUGACCCAGUCAUAUAACAAUGGUGACAUUCAUCCAUUUAUGAAGUGAAUUAUUUUUUGAGCACCUAGGGUAUUCCAGACACUGUGAAUAUGUCAGAAGCAAAAUGACAAACCCGACUGCCACUUAGAAGUUGAAGAAAAAGAUGAAAACUCUUACAAUUGCCUAAAACUGGAAUUAAAACAAUGAAAUGGGACUGGGAAAUACAACUAUUAUCCCACAUGUAUUUUGCUUCUGAAAAGAAAGCAGAUCCGUUGUUCUGCAAAAGUUAGAUAACAGAAAGGAACAUAUCUUUUUAUUUCCUCACUGUUUGUUCCACUCAGAGGGAGAAUAUGAACCAACCAACACAUUGAGCAUGAAACCUGCUGCUGUGUGGAUUCUAUUUUUUUUUUUUUUGAGGCAAACAAGAUGAUAUUGUCAUGCUUCUCCUUCCUGCAGGACAUCAUACCCCUCUUUCUAUAUCCAUCCAGUGAAUGCAACACUCAGAAAAUAACUGGCCAGAAAGUAGGAACUGGUCUUAAGCACAAGCAUGGAAAGAGCCAGAGGAGUAGAACAUUUUGAGUACUAGUCUUUUUCACCUAGUGCACUAAUUCAAUUUAUUACAAAAGGAAGUUGGGGUGGAGUAGGAGUGUAGGAGUUCAAGAAGGGGUAUCACAUGUUGAACUUCAGUAGGGUUGCAUUAGGUAAAAGGCUGUCAAACUCAGAAAUGGAAAUGAAGACUAUGUGCAACAAUUUGCUCUGCUCUUGUCAUGCACAUAAGAUAGAACCAACAGAGCAAAUACUCAAGUGGUUGGUGAGUGAGGUCAAAGGCAAUCCAUAUACUGUAUUUGUUUAUAAACAUCAGGUAUAGAUCUAGUCCCUUCAAGGAAGAGGCAACAAGCAGCAAGUUAAAGACAUCCUGUGCAGGACAGGAGAACAGAGCAUAGUGAUGAAGACUCAGGAGAAGACCAUAAGUCUGACAGUGAUCCACCACAAGAAUCAGGGAUAAGGUGGAAAAGAACGUAAUCUCUGUGUCACGGAGAAACCCACAUGACAGCACAGGUUAACAGGUGAGCAUGGCAGCAUGUCAGAGCAAGUGUUUUGAAGAUUCCAAGGGAACCAAAUACAAUGAAGGAUUUAAAUUUUCUUUGGAGGCAAUAAAGAGUAGGAAAAAAAAGAGGGAGAAGACAAAAAUAUAUAUAUAUGAGAAAAGGUCUAUAAUGAAUACAGAAGAUGUAUUAUUUUAAUUAGAAAAGAAAAAUCCAUACAAUUAGGAGACUAAUAAAUUUUAUUUUAUUUUUUAAAAAGAUUUUAUUUAUUUAUUUGACAGAGAGAGAGAGACAGCAAGAGAGGGAACACAAGCAGGGGGAGUGGGAGAGGGAGAAGCAGGCUCCCCACUGAGCAGGGAUCCCAAUACGGGGCUCGAUCCCAGGACCCUGGGAUCAUGACCUGAGCCGAAGGCAGACAUUUAACUGACUGAGCCACCCAGUUGCCCAUAGGAGACUAAUAAAUUUUAAAAUCUUGAUAAAAUGAAUGACUUUAUUGAGACAUACAAGUAGCUCAGACUUAGUCAAGAAGAAAUAAAAACCUGAAACUGCCAAGAAUAUCAUUUUCUUCUCUUGUGUAUACUGUCCUCUUACAUAACCAACCAGGGGCUAAAACAGGUGUGAAUCACUGCAAGGAAAGACGCCCUCAUCCUAUUCCCUCGCCCAGCAGACAAGAGUUCUCUAAUGGCAUUCCCCACCAAGCCAUGCUUAACCACCCGCCAUGUGUUAUAGACUUGCUUUUGUCUCAUCUCUUCCUUGAGUGCUUUGGGAAGAAAAGUAUUGUGGUUUGAAGGAGAAUUUGGCUUCUCCUGAGCCUCCCUGAACUGUACUAAUAGCCCAAUCUUGCUGUAAGUUUUUAAGGAUGUUCCAGUGCACUCCUCCUCCUUCAUUUGUAAUUAUCUUUCUGAAUCCCCUCUUCUCUUCCCUCAUCAAGAUGUAUUAGUUUGCUAGGGCUGCCAUACAAGAUGCCACCAACAGGGGAGUCUUACACAAUAGAAAUUUCUUUCAUAGUUCUGAAGACUGGAAGUCCAAGAUCAAGGUGCUGGCAGGAUUGGCAUCCUCUGAGUCCUUGCUCCUUGGCUUAUAGAUAGCGACCUUCUUGCCACAUCCUUUGUGUCUCUUUCUGUGUAUCCCAACAUUUUGCUAUAACGACAUCAGUCAGAUUGGACUAGGUCUACCCAACAGCCUCAUUUAACCAUAAUUACCUCUUUAAAGACCCCAUAUCCAAAUAUAGCUAUAUUCUGAGGUACUAGGGAUUAGGACUUCAACAUAUGAAUUUUGAGAAGACACAAUUCAGCCCAGUGUAUUAUAGAUGAACAUACAUGAGUUUAGGCUUCCCAACUGCUUAGCCCAUGACGUUACACUGCAGUGUCUAUUCCAUUUACUCUGCUCUGUAUUUGUCUACUUGUGACUAUGAGAAAGUUGCUUCUUACCUCUAUGGAUAUCAAAUUUCCUCUUUUACUAAAUAAAGAUUUGACUAGAUAAACUUUACGGCGUCCUAAAGCCUUAACAGAAUCAAGACCCUAAGUCACUGUGUAUAAAUCCAGUCAGAUGUUACAGUGAGAGGGUAUGAUGCUGAAGAAGAAAAUGUAUAAGCUCAAAAGAAGGAGACAGCUAAGUUUCUUCCACAAAAGUGAAAGCCCCAUCCCACUUCUCGCCCCGCCCUAAAGGGGCAGGAACCUGGAGAAAAAGGAGGGUGCAUCAUGCCACAGUCCUGCCUUGGCCUCUGAAGCUCUCAAAGAGGCCUGUCUGUAAGCCAUCCCCUGUAGACUUCUCCUUUUUCACACACAUAUUGAGCACAAGGUGUCAUUGAUAUUUACCUACCUAUCUACAUAAAUAUGUGUUAGACCUUCUUACAUGUAUUUAUAUAGUUUACAGUAUUUAUUUGUCAAAUGCCAUGUUUAUUGUCUUACCUUUUUUUCACUUUUAACAUCUCUGGAAAUGGGAUGCCUCCUAAAAUCACUUUGGCCCAGCUACAGUCGUGGUGGAUCUGUCAUUGCUGGGCCACGUGUAUAAAAAUACUUGAGGGAUGUUGUGAAAUUUGUACCAAAUCCUCAGAGACAAUAGUGGAUCAUCCUUUUAAGAUGUGCUAUCACUGAUGCUCUUGAUGUCAAAGAAGGUAAUAUCUUAUGGGAGGAAGAAAAAAAAUCCUAAAGUGUUAAAAAACAAAUCUCACAAUGAUGUGAAUAUGCUUACUGUCACUGAACUGUCCACUUGAAAAGAGUAAAAAUACUAAAUUUUAUGUCAUGUAUACUUCCCCACAAUAAAAAAUACAAUACAAUAAAUCAGAAGACUCAGAUUCUAAAUAUGAAGGCAUUUAUGAAACAUACUAACGAGUUUAUUUCACUUUCUUCUUUUCAUAGACAUACAAGAGUAGUAUGUGAUAAAAAGCUGUGUCUAAAUCAGACUAAAUAACAUCUUCUCGUAAAUAUAGAAUAAAAAUGCUCAAAGAUAAAAAAGCAUUGUGUCAGUUACUUGGAAGAUUUGUUUUCUUCUAGAGGUAUAUGAAAUACUGAGGUGUCUUACAAUCAAUACAUCUUAAAUUCAAUUAGAUAUGCUAUUUAAUGAGGUCCUACUAUGUGUCGGGCACUGUGGUAAGAACUGAGAAUACAGAGUGAAAAUGGGUCAUGCCUUUAGUACAUGUAGUUACCAAAAAAUAUAGUAAGAAAAAUAAUUAAAUGAAAGAUGGUGCUAAAAGAGGGAAAUGUAUAUGCUCUUGGGGCACAUCUCAGCAGGAUCUAAUCUCAUCUGGGCCAUCAUGGAAACCCUCUUUGGAGAAAUGAUACCUCAGCUAAGACAGAGGAUGAGAAGCAGGUAACCAAGAGUGAGGAAAGAAUGACCCCCGUUGAAAGGAGGGGCUUGGGCACAGGCCUGAAAGUAAGGAUGAGCAUGGUUAACUGGUAGAACUCGAAGUCCAGCAUAAGUGAAGGAGACUGAGUGGCUAAUAAACAACGGAAAUUUAUUUCUCACAGUUCUAGAGGCUGGAAGUCCAAGAUCAAGGCACCAGCAGAUUCAAUGUCUGUUGAAGACCUGCUUCUUAUAUGACCAGCUAUCUUUUUGCUGUAAAUUCACAUGGUGGAAAGGGCAAGGGUCUCUUUUAUAAGGGCACUAAUCCCAUCUACAAGGAUUCCACCCUCGUGACCUAAUCACCUCCCAAAAGCCCCCACCUCCUAAAUCAUCAUCUUAGGGGUUAGGUAUUUAACAUAUGAAUUUUGGAAGGACAGAAACAGUCAGUCCAUUACAAACAUUACUUCUGACUGGGUCUGCGAGUGCGUUUCUGGAUGAAAUUCACAUCUGAAUUGAUAGGCAGAGCAAAGCAGAUCACCCUCCCUAGUGUGAGUGGUGCUCAUUGAAGCCUGAAUAGAAUAAAAGGCUGAAUAAGAAGGAAUGUUUUCUGCUUGACUGUCUUUGAGCUGGGACAUAGAUCUUCUGCCUUUGGACUCAGACACAGAUUAUAAUUUACACUACUUGUUCUCUUGGUUCUCCAGCUUGCUGACUGCAGAUAUUGGGUUUACUUCUCAGUCUUUAUAGUUGCAUAAGGCAACUCCUUAUAGUAAAUAUAUAUGUGUAACAUAUAUGUAUAUAUACAUGUGUGUAUAUAUACAUAUGUGUUUGUAUACACAUGUGUAUAUAUAUACAUAUAUGUUUGUAAUAUACACACACACAUAUAUCUUGUUUGUUCUGUUUUCUAGGGAAGCCAGGCUACUUCAAAAGCUACCAGAACAGUCCCAGGCAUUGUAUUAAGGUCUUCACAUUGAGUUCAAUUAGCCUGGUAAGCAGCUAUAACAUAAGCACUAUUCCUAUCUCCAUUUUGCAGUUAAAUAGAAAAUGAAGCCCAGAAAGAUCAGCCAGAUUUCCUCAGGUCAGCUAUGUAUUCAACUUCCUGAAAACCACAUGGCAUAUUUAUCUAUUUUACAAACUCUGAUGUAGUACAUAUGCCAAACAUGAUUCUAAAUGUUCUCCAAACAGUGCUCACUUAAUCCUCCCAGCAACCCUGUGCAGCAGACACGGGGAUGCUGAGUAACUUAUUGAGCAAGGCAUAGAAUGGAGUUUCAAACCCUGAUCAUCCAACUCCAGAAUUCUGAGCCUCAACACUUGUCCCAGCCAUCAGAAGCCAGACUAGCCAACAAUUUGUAUUCUGUGAAUUCUCAGUUUUGUGCCCUUUGUUGAAUCAUGUCAUCAAAAUCACACUCUGAGCCUAAAUUUUCUCAUCUGUAAAAUGGCAACUACAGAUGAUGCUGUGAAAAGCAAAUGAGAUGAUACGUAUUUCUUUAUUAUUGUAGUCAUCAGGGCAGUCAUCCUCAGUCCUUCCAUCGCUUUGUAACUGUUACUGUUAUUGCUAAUGAUUUAUGUUUGUUAUACGCUAUGUUAUCAUUAAUUGGAUGAUUAACCCUCACAACUCUGGAUGCUUCGUUAAAACUAUUGCACACUGUCAUCAUCUUAAGAGGCUCCGUGUAAAUGAAGAUUUAUCACCUAUUGCUUAUUUGGCAGCCUUGGCUUUGCCUGAGGUCUCAACAAGAACAAAGAAGGAGGGAAGGACAGAGGAUCAGGGUGAAGAGCCAAGAGACAGAGGGAUGGCUUGGAAAUCCAUUCUAAGUCGGAGAUCUCUCUCAAGAGGUAGAGCCAAGGUUUACAUUGCCACCACCCCACAUCCAAGAACGGAGGCCAUUAUCUUCCAUUCUGUCUUGGAGUUUGGAAUAAGUGCCAAAGGCAGUCCAAAUGGGCCCAGUGCCCCCAUCUAAAUCUUUUCUUUGAGAAUGGUACAAUCCAAGUAGAACAUCCAAGCAGGGAUAUAAAUGAAGCCACAGUGAGCAUUUAAACAUCAAUCACUAUCCAUGUUCACCACCAAUUAAGCAUAAUCAGUGAGGUAAAAUCUCCCCAUCUCACCUGUAGCUUCAGAGUAUUUGGGCUGUUUGAUUGACUGACUUCUUACCUGAGUUUGUGCUCAGCCCUGGGUCCUUUUAUCAGCUCUGCUUCCUUUCCCCCACACUCCUAUGCCUCUGGGAAAACUUUGGGGUAUUUUUCUAGCUAAAGUCAAAACCUCAGUUGGCUGCAUGCAACACUUUUUUUUUUUUUUCUCAUCAGCUCCCACUCCAAAAUGCUUUAAUCCAAAAAAAAUGUGAGUUGCCAUAGUGACUCCUAUUGUAGUUGCUAGAAGCUUUUACAAGAUGCAGUCAUGCUCUUAUUAUAUUUCAGUUUUUUAAAUUUCCAGCAACAACAACAACAAAGGAAAGCUUCAUUUGCUAGAAUAGGAAGUGGAGUGCUUAGCAAUGUGCAAGCAAAAUGAAAAAGAGCUGAGGAGCGGGUAUCAUGGGGCCCCUGCAAGACCCCCAGGGAAGGGAGAGCCUUCAAUGCUGACUGCAGAGUGAGGCAUUUCUAAAGGAGCAGAUGCUAAUACAGAACACAGAUCCUCCUGUUCUCUCUAUCUUAAAAGAUCGUCUCGAUUUCCAGAGGUCUAAAUAAACGACUGAAUAAGUCAGCCAAAGGAAAUCUCUGAUGUGUACUUGAAAGACCAGGGGUCGGCAAACUAUGGCCCACAUGCCAAAUAAGCCCUGCCACCUGUUUUUUAAAUAAACACAGGCACAUAGGCACAGCCAUUCCUUUAUGUAUGGCCUACAGUAGCUUUCACACUACAGUAGCAGAGUUGAGUAGCUGUGCAGAGACAUUAUCACCCAUAAGCAUAAAACAUUUACUAUAUUGCCCUUUGUGACAAAGUUGGCUGAUCCCUGCUACAGGGCUGGGAAGCUGUAAAAGAGUUAAGGGAGAGGGAGGGUGGCCAAGCACAUUUUGGAAUCCCAUUUGGAUAUCCACCUGGUUUUCCCUAAAACCUUCUUUACAUUCAGAUUUAGAGCUCUAAAACAUGGGAGGAAGUCAGCUUCCCUCCUGCGUUCGAGCACGUCCUCUGAGGAGCAGAUGCCAAGAUAGGGUUAGACCACAAAAGAUUUGCUGGAGAAUAACCCUGUGAGGGGCAGAGCAGGGGAAGCUGGAGGAGGCAGGGGAAGGCUUUGGAGCAGGCUGCAGGUGUGACUCCAGCUGAAGGAGAGGGAAAGCAAGGAGGGUCGGGAGGAAGAGUCUCACACUGGCUACCCAGCUCUAAAGGUUUCAGCCAAGCCUCCAGAGUCUGCAGGCCCGAGUUACCCAUAAGAGGAGUCCUGCCCUUGCAGGAAUGGACUUGCCUUAGCGCCAGAGACAAGGGUUGGGAAGGCAGCAGCGAGACCUCCAGCACUUACGCUUCACACGGAAGAUCCAAGUGGAGCAUUUGCGUGACCCUCAUCCCCCCGCCUCCAACCCACUACUUCAAAUUUAACUUACAUCCAACCUGCUCAUGACUGUUGAGAGGCUGAUGUAAGCGCAGAGCGCUGCGCUGAGUACUGUAAUGGGGAGGGAGAGAACAAAGCAUAGAAAAUUCACUAAGAAGUUCAAAGCAGGGUGAAGAUAACUUUGGAAUUGUUGAUGGAGGAACAAUGACCUCUGACUUUUCCCUGCGAUUGUUUGUUAGGCUCUCAGACCACACGUAAAGCUGGAAGACUGUCCUCACGACUUUGUUCUGAGCCAUCUGACUAGACAGCCCGCAGAAGGGCUUAUGGUAUGUUGGUUCUCAAGCUCCUGCCCCAUGGGGCUUCCUCUCUGAGCACUGUCUAGAGAGAUGGCCCACUGAUGGAGAGCAGAUAUUCUACACAUGAAGUGGGACAGAUGUCAAACUGCUUUCAAGUUUCCAGCUAUUAUUCCUGCUUUACAAUGGAAACAGGCAGGGAUGAAAAGGGAUUUCAGAAAGAUGAAUUCAUAUAUUAUUUCACACAGUGCAAAGGUUUGCAUCCUUUCUUUCUUUUCUUUCUUCCUCUGUCCGACCUCCUUGUGUUAAAAUCUGACUGAGGAGUCACUAUGGUCACUAACUGAUAAAUAUCAUAGCCCAGCAUCACUCCAAGAGUGCCAAAAUAUUGUUAACUAAAUAUGGGAAUGAAUUGGGGUUGAUAUUGAUCACGCAUGUUUUCUCUCUGUCCCAGCAACUUGAAAGGAUGACCCAGAAUCUCAAGAACCUAUUGGCUAUUGCCUUAAAAAGCAGAAUUCUUCUAGAAUAGCACUUGAGUUUCAGAAUUAAAAGACACCUUUCUUCCAGGAAGGAAAAUCAACAGGUCAGCCUUCUCCUUCCAUUGUGUUCUUACCAAUACGUUAAAAAUCAAACCAACAGACCCAGAUAUUUGUUCAUCUGGAAACUAUGUCACCCAUUCUCAUGCCCUUGUUCCUCACUGCCAUGUAACAAAGCACUGCCACCCUUGUCCCGUUCAAUUCUAAUUGGUAUUAGGAAGGAAAUAGGAAAAGGGCAAAUAGCUUUCUGCUGCUCCCCAAAAGUUAAAAGCUGGUAGCUUUCAGGGUAUCCCACCAUGAUUCUCUUUCCUUAGUAACAACUUUCUUAAUGACAGCUUGCUGGUAGAAAUUCUUGCUAAUACUGCAGAAAGAAAGACACCCAAAUGUCCAAACUUUCGUUUAUCAUCCAUUAUACAAAAAGCAGUAAGAACUAUAUUAAUAAGCAUCAUAUUCACAGAUAUAUUUUUCAGGUCAAUCAUUCAUACCUUAUGUAAGACCCAGAACUUACUGAUGAUAGUAAUUUUGUAAAAAUGUAUUCUGAAGUUGAGCCUCCCACGAUCUCACCACCCACAGCACCCAUUCCAGGAAGAGCAAGGGUGUGGAACUCAAAUUUACUGGAGAUUAAUCAAACAGGAAUAAUUUUAAAAGAUCAUAAUUAAAGUUAAUAAAUGAUUACAGCUGUCAAUAUAUAAAGAACUCUAUCCUUAAUAGAUUUGUUCUUCUUUCUUCAGUCCUACCUAUCAUAGAACAAAAUACAAAUCUGUGCACACAUAUAUAUAAUACUUAUUAUAUACAUAUGUACACACACACACACAUAUAUAGAGAGAGAGAGAUGUAUUUAUAGAUGUUACUAUCAAUAAGAAAGUUAUCGAUUAAGGAAAAAUCAAAAGAUAUUUCCCCUGUGCUGAAACCUACUUCAUUUGAGUUCAGUGGUUUCCAAACAUUUUAGUGCCACAUGCCCUUUAAUAGUUUUUUUCUAUGUGUCCCAUGUUUUGAAAUAGUCCAUCAAAUAACUAGACCUAAUUAAAUAUAAAUUCAUGCUCUCCAUUUCUAUUAAUCAAGGAACAUGUAAGUGUUCAUCAGAGCUUCCUCAUAGCUUACAAUAGUUACCUCAUCACCAUGAGUUGAUAUAAUUUUAGCUUGAGGACAAAAGACGUGGUUUCAGCCAGCAGCUAGAGCAGCUUUAUUGUCAGUAGAUAUAGAGUUGUUUUAAAAAAAUAAUGAACAUCGCCUGCGAGUCUCCAUUACUAACUUCACAAAUCCUCAAAGAGCUAGAGACAUUGUCGAGAAAUGUUGCUCUGAAACAACAGAGCUCUUUCUCAACCUUUUCCACACCCCAGUAUUGCAGAGAUACAACCCACUCUUAUAGGUAACUAUUGAUUACAGUGACAGAUUCUAUCCAUGCUGCCCCAUAGGCAAGAAUGUGCUAGAAUCUGGGAGAGAAAGUGGGGCCUGUUGAGAGGAGAGAGUGUGUAAGUUGAAGAAAGUGUCACAGGUGACUUUGAUUCAACCUUCAUUUCAUCUCCUUGGUUGAAAAUGACUGCUGGAAGUUAUAUAAUUCCUGAAUAGAAAGGGAAUUUAUUCAGUUAUGAAACUUAAACCCUUUUCUAUGAACCUGAGAUGUAGCUGGAUUACUAGGGAGAUUCUCAUGAUCUGAAAAAUUUUCAUUAGUUCCUCUGAACUUUGGAACAGGCAAGUCAUACCUUCAGGCACUCCUAAGGUCCAAUCACUCUGAGAAGAAUACAGUGUGACUCCAGAAUUCCUAAAGACUGAGUCUGGUGGGUAGAACAUCCAUUACAUGACGAGCACUCAAAGAUUACCCAACACUCUCAAAAAAUACAGGGAGGGGGGCUUUCAGGGACUGUGGCCAAAUUUCACCGCAAAUUCCUCCGCAUGCUCCUUUCAUUCCAGCUCCUGGGUGGCCUUUUGCUUUGGAGGAAGCUACUUUGAAUUUCAGAUGCUAAGAUAAAACAGCAUGAGGAUACACACUGAAUGUGGGAGGCAAAGCUUAUUGUCCCCUUCCCUGUGAUUAUGAAAAAUGCCUCCCACACUCCCAAACUUAACAUUCCAAAUGAAACAAUAAACCUAAAAUCCACCAAUCUAUUUUGGAAAUGGUAGUCUUAGAUCUGCAUGAAGUUGAUUUUUAUUGAACUUUGAUAAUCUGCCAGUGUGUUCAUCAUAUUUUCCAGGGAGCUUAUUAUUAGCUGUACUCAAAGCACAUGGACACCUUGAAUACAUUAGAGUAAUCCCCAUAGCUUUAUCUUUCAAAAGAUUUUGAGCUAGAGCUUUGGCUAAUUUUAUUUUCCAGUGGAAGUCCAACCCUGCCAAGGAUUCAAAAUUGGAAGCAUUCCCAAAACCAAGCCUAUUUAUUUUCAAUACAUUAUCUUCCUCCUUAGAGUAUUGCCAAACCGAAGAAUUGUGCAAUUUUUAAGCUUGUAGAUUAUGAAGUUAGCUCCAGGUAGUCGAUAAUUUGUAUUCAUGGAGUUAAGAAAGCUACAGCACAGAAGAAGCCUAAGACAUAAAUAGAAGGUAGCAUAAACAACUGAUUUCCAAAUUGAACAAGGAGGUAAGUUAUAUCUAAAUAACAGAAGGGGAAUAGCCUAUAUCCACCAGACUUCUUUUUUUUUACAUUGGAAUUCCCUGCAUAGACAGCAUAAUUACACAGAAAUGUCCUAGAAUAAUAGACUCACUCAACAGAAUACAUCGGGCAUCCAAGCUUCAUUACUCUGAGACUGUUUCUCACAUGAGAGAAUGAAGACAUGGAAUGGCUAAAUGCGUAUUUCAGGUCACACCAUGGUAGACCCAGGCUUUUGGGGCUGAGUUUCUUUCCAUUACAAUACCUAAUUCCAUCUGAAGAUCCAAAAAUGCAUUUGAUUCUUCAUCAAAAGUUACAGGAGUGGACUGAGGAGUAGUAAUUCUGGCUGUGGAGGCCACUGAAGAACAUAGCAAGUAAUGAUACAGGAAAGACGAAGUGUUUACUGUACGUGCUGUGGUUGUGCUGUUAGGUGGAUGUCAAACUCCUUAGUGCGGGAAACUUCUGGAACUAAAGCUCAUUACAGCAAAAUAUCAAUUAUUAGCUGUCAAUAGAAGAUUGACUGCAUGUGUUAUGUUAUACAAUAAAAAUGACAUUGGCUACUCUGCGCCUGCCUGGAAGCUAUUCCUCAACUUUGGAGAGACAGAAUUGAGAAGAGCCUUCUCCAAAAUCAGACAUUUUCAAUGUAGUGUGAAGUUCUCUACACGGUUACAUUUUGGAGAUACAGUAAAAUCUUAUGAAGUUUGGUUCAUUUCUCGACAUGUGACAUAAAUAAACUUAAUUCCAAUGUUAGUACAAUUGUAUCUGAGCUCCUGACAAUCCUCUAAUGACUGAUGCCUCAUUAAAAUAUUGAAAGAAUAGGGGCGCCGGGGUGGCUCAGUCGGUUAAGUAGCUGACUCCUGAUUUCAGCUCAGGUCAUGAUCUCAGGAUUGUGGGGUCGAGCCCCACAUCGGCCUACGUCAGGCCUCACAUUGGCUCUGUGCUGAGUGCAGAGUCUGCUUGAGAUUCUCUCCUCCUCCAUUUCCCUGCCCCUCUGCUCCUCCCUGUGUGCUCUCUCUCUCUCUCCCCCUCUAAAAUAAAUCAAUAAAUAAAAUCUUUAAAAAAUACAUAUAGGAAGAAAAAACUCCUAGCACUCUUAGAAGAGACUAGCACCUCCUAUAUUGUAUUGAAAUUGAGUUUUAUUAGAAUAUAUUCCCUAUGAGUUCCCUGAGGACCCUAACAAUAUCUUAUUUACAGACUUUAACAUUGAAACUCAAAAACAUCAGAUCCCUAUAAUAUUUAGUAAAAUGAUUUUUAUUCAAUUGAACUGAAUAUAAUCAUUUUUUUCUAAAUGCAGAGGAUUGGAUAUAGAUUAGAUGUUCGCAUUUCAAUGCAGAAAUUGUCAGAAAAGUAAAUCAAAACGGGAUCCGUUGCUAUUUUCUGAGGACAGCGAUGGCUCAUGUGGAAGAGUUAACUAAACCUCUCCCCAAAUUACCAGAGUGUAGAAAUGACAUUGAGAAGUGUCACAGAUUACAUUUCCCAGCCUCAACUGCAGAUAAAUGGGAACAUAUGACUAAUCCUUAUUGGAUUACUAAAGCGGUGAGAAAUAGCUUCCCUCGUGUUGAGCUAGACCACAAAAUAUCACUGUGCCUACCAAUUCUGUUUAUGAAACUUCAUACACAAACAUUGUUUUCUCCUGGAUACCCUGAACCAGUAGAGUUAACAACCUGUCACUCAGGAGUUGAAAUACUGCUUUUGAAGUACUGUAUUUAUGCAACAGGAUUUGCUACUUUCGGCAGAAUCCAUUAUCAAAGUGACUCUGUUGACUUUUAUUGCUGGUGGCAGAUUUUUGAAGUGUUUAUUCAAAUCUUUAUAAAAACAUUGUUAUUUUUUCCUCUCCAGUCAAAUAAAGGUAGAUAUCCUUUGACUUUCCUCCCUCCCCCUCUACUCAUUCUCCUUCUGCCAUCUCCUUCUACUUAGACCCUCUAUAUACUUAGAGGUGUUGUUUUUUUUUUUCCUCACCAAAAAGCUUAAUUUUUAACUGCAUUUUUAUAAUAAUAAAAUCAGCACUUUUUCCAUACCUGAUACAUUGUUGACAAUUGAACAAGUAGGUAUUAGCUUGGAUGUGAUUUAUGAUUAUGUCGCAUUCUCUACUGCCUUUAAAACAUAGGGAACUCAGACCUGUCAGUGACAUCAACUAUUAGAAAAUAUUACUGUGGUGCUGAUCCUUUAAUGAGACAGUAAAUAGAGUAAGUCUUUGAUGUUAUAAAGAUGUACAAAUCAAAUUUCCUUUGUACAUAUUCAGCACAAGUUCAGAUUUAUGCCUUUAAUAAAGCACAGCAGUGAUCUGGUUGCAUAUCUGAGAACUGACAAUGUGCAGUAGAAUUUUCCCUGUGGGUGCCAUUUGUCUGCAAGCCAUAAAAGUAGAAGGCUACAUGGUCCCAAUAGAGUAAAAACAUUUUCCAAAAUCCUGCUGGGUAAGUCAACAGUGAAAUGGACUUCUAAUGAGGAACUGGGUAGUUAAAAACUCUGGAAUCACUCGGUAAUCAUUUCUAUCUGCAAACAUUUGUUGUUGGCUAAGUACUAUCAUACUUCAAGAAAUGGUAAUAUCUUUACUAUUUGAAUGAAAUUUGGCUCCACUUAUAUUCUGGAAUUCUAUCUGGCAAAGACUUCCCACAUAGCCCUUCUAAUCAAUGAACUAUGCCCAGUACCUACAUCUGUAAUACUACCAGUGGGAUGUAAGGCCCCAAACUCCUCAAGGUAGAUUAUAAGCUCCUUUGUGAUUUAGGUAAGUGUGGUUUUCUAGCUCUUUCUCUCAUUCUGCCACGCUUCCCCACAAUCACCCCCACUUCAGCACGCAUACACAUGCACACACCUUCUACUCCCCAGUCGUAUGAGCUGUUGGUACUUAUUGCAUAUAUUCUUAUAUACACCUACUUUAGUUCUCAGCUUGAAUAGCAUUUCUUCCAGAAAGCCGUCUCUCAUAGGUUUAAUUCCCUGAGAAGAAUGAUACAGAGAUUAUCCCACCAGGGGAUUUUUAAGGAACUCUCAGGAUCCAUACCUGUGGGAAUAAAAAGAAGAAAAGAAGAUUGGACAGAAGUAUAGCUGUGAAAUUUCAACAGAAACCUGAGCUGACUCCAGGGGAAAUUAUGAAGCUGACCCAUAAGUGCAGUCCCAAAGUGGGGAGAGAGGUUCAGGAAUUUACACCCCAUGUGAGUCAGGCACUGGGGGCAGAGUGCCCAAAGAAGGAAGAAUAACCAUGAGCGAGGGCACACUCAUCAGUCAAGGCAGUAUAUGAAGGGAGCCUCGAGCUGCAGGUCUUCUGCCGGGAGGACUCUCAGCAAUUGAGGGGAUCAGUGAUUCCUUCCGGAAAGGUGACCGGGACAGACGUCCCAACACCUACUAUAGCCCACCUCUUGCUUCACUCUGAUCCACUUCUUUGUAAAACCUGAAAAUACUUCAUAUCAAAAUUCACAAGAUGCAACGACAUCACUCUGUAGAGAGAACUGUAUAGCCUUAAGCAAAGGAGCUAAGAAUCCCUCACAAGAAGUGAGAAGAAAGUAAUUUCAAAGAAAGAGAAGAUAUUAACAAAAUGGAAAACAAAUACACAAUAGAGAGGGUCACAAGAAACUGAAAAGACUAUCGAAAUUAAUAGGCUGAUAGAGAAAGAGAGAAAGGUAGCCAUUUUAGUCGUGAAAAAGCAUGGCAUCAUUAUAGAUUCCACAGACAAAAAUUUUUAAUUUGUAUAAAAUAAAUUCUUAAGACAUUUUAAUGUUAAAUUAAUGAGGUCAGUAAUGUAAAACUUUCCACCGCAAAAACUCCGGUCCAGAUUGUCUCAGUGCUGUGUUCUACUAAACUUUUAAGGAAAGAUCAUUCUAAUUGCACACAAGCUCUCCCAAAGUGUUGAAAAAGUGUUUUAAUUCUCAACUGAUUCAACUGAUUUUAAGAAUUGGUAUUGCCUGGUCCCCACAAUGUCAGUGAAAGAGAAGGAAGUUAGAGGCCAAUCUUACUCAUAAAUAUAAAUAGAAAACAUUCUAAAGUAUUAGCAACUCAGAAACAGCAAUAUAUGAAAAGAAUACUAUAUCAUGCAAAGUUGGGUUUAUAUGCAAAUUCCUGAUUUGGUUUAACAUUUAAAAAUUAAUUUAAGUUUGUUAAGUCAAAUUACCAGCAGACAUAUAAUGCAGAACUUCUAAACUAAUUCAAGCAAAUAAGAGAAUUUUUAAAAUCUUGAUAAAUCCAAGAAGACAGGAAAAGAUGGAGGGAGGGGAAAGCACUGGAGAAAAAGAACACAAAAUAAGAUUGUAGAAAUCAUUUCAAAUAUAGCAGCAAUCAUUACACAUACAAAUGCACUAACUUGCCAGGUAAAACAGUUUGUCAGAUUAGAAAAAAAUAAGACCCAGAAGUACUAGCACAUUAUUUAAAUACAUGGAAGUAACAACAGUAAGAACUGAAAAAUAAAAGGUGUUGCCACUGAGGAGCUGCAUUAGGACAAAGGAGCAGCGGAGCUAGGACUUUUCUUCUGAUUUAAAAUUUUUAAAUAUUAGAAAUCUAUACGUCACUACUAGUAUUUAUCAAGAACUAGGUCUCAUCUAUUUCCAAAUAUUCCAAUGAUUUUUCUCAUCUUAAAAGUUUGCUUAAAACUUUUUUGCGUAUCUGAUUUUUAAUGAGUUUGAGUUUUGGUUCUUCUGUAUUGGCUUGUAACCAUGAAAACAAAUUUUGUGCCAAGGAGUUUUAGAACAAGUAAAGUUAGAUUCUAGCUCCCAGCAGUUUUUGAAAUGAGAUUGUCUGUGAUGGAUCGUUGUCUAAAAAAUGAGCUUUCCUUAUUUGCUGACCAGGAUCAUAGCAUGUCAAAGACACCCAAAGAAUUCUGGAAUUUCUGAGACUCAAGCAAAAAUAAGUCAAAUGUCUCAGUUUAAGCCCAGUGGUAAUCACCAAGGCUUACAUUUGUGUGAGUGCCUAUAAAUUGAUUGGUGUAGUUAAGUGCGUGUAAGAAACUUUCCAAGAAAUAAGAUCUAGAAUGAGAAUCUGAGCAGAGCAGGGAUUAUGUAUAAAAUAUAUAAACUUACCAGUAAUUUUUCCUGAAUUGUGUGGAAUUGGUGUAUAUGUGUCAGAGGCACCAAAUGAUUUGAGGAAUCAACUUUCAUAUUCUCUUUAUUUAAGAAAAAAAAAGUUCAGUGUUUCUAUCAAUAGAAAAGACAUUAAAGAUGAAAGAAGAUAAACUAUUUUAAACAAUAAUAAAUAGUGAACACUUCUAUAAUGUUUGCUAUAUGCCAUAUCCUCCAAUCUAAGUGAUUUUUACACAUUAAUUCAUUAAAUCUUCACAACCUACGAGAGAGUUGCUAAAAUUAUACUCACUUCAGAAAUGAGGACAUGAGAGGGAGAGGUUAAUAACUUUUCCAAAGUCAUCCAGGUCAGAGGUAGAGCCAGGUUUGAACACAGACAUAUGGUUGCAUCAUUCGUGCUCUGAACCACUCGGAGAGAAAGAUCACACAUAUAGAUUAUGGAAAGUUGGGAAAGUGGAGGAAAAAGUCACCCACAACCUCUUCAUUCUUAUGUAACUACUGCAUAUUGUAUAGUUUCUUGACACCUUUUCGAUAUUCAUGAUUUUGUAUCAUGAUUAUUAUGGGACAUGUUCUGUACUUGGGCUUCAUUAAUUAACAUACUGUAACCAUUCUUUCCAGGUUUUAGAAUAAUCAUUAUAAUAUAAUUUAUGUCUUCAUAUUAUCCAAUCCUGCAGAUAGAGUGAUUCACUUAACUGCUCUAUUAUUGGACAUUAGACUGCUCCACUAUUUUCCUUUGUAUGUGUAUAUAACCCUAUCCUCAGCAUCUUCAUGAACACGGCUUUUACCAUGCUUCUAAUUAUUUCCUUAGGAAACAUAUCCAGAAGUGGAAUGAUCGAGUAAUCAAGAGUGAGUUUUAUAAUCCACUUCUUUUCUUUAAAACAUCUAAAAUGCUUCUAUUUUUCCCAAGCAUUGUGUGGUUACUAGGUUGUGAGUCCUUAAAAUUGGUCAAAUACUAAACCCAACCCUUGCAAUUGCUUCCUGUCAGUUACCUGUUACUCCUACCAGGGGCUAACAGAUUAGAAACCCUAAUUUGUAGCCUUAUUGAAAAUCACUAAUCUUUCUUUUUUAAGCUGGCAACAAUGUUAUCUAGGUUCUUUAUUUGGCACACAAAAUUUUAUACAGAAAACUACAAUUUCUGCCAGCAUAACAGAGUCCUUUUGUUUUGCCAAAGGAAGAUUGAAACUGAUGAUUUUCAUAGUUGAAGUAGAUUCUAUGGAGAUGAAGCAGAUUCAUGGAGACGUUUCCUUCUAACAGCAGGAUCGAGCAAAGCUGCCAUGAAACUGUACCCAUUGUAAUUGUACUUGCUCUGCCCUAAAAGCUGACAAGUAAAGCUCCAGAGAGCUAAGCAUUUCAACUUCUUUUUUUUUUUUUAAAUGUGCUGAAUUACUGAAUCAACACAAACACACAUAAUAACCUUUUUGUUCUGGGUCCAGUAUUUUGUAAAAUUAUAGAGAAGACAAUUUUGGAACUGAAAAAGAACUUAAAAAUAUUCAUCUGUUCAAUUCCUUAUUUUAUAGAUGAAGAACAUGAGGCCCAGAAAGUUGAACAUACCUUUUUUAGACAUCACAGAGAAUUAAUGGCAAAGUCAGACUGGAACUGAAUGUCCUCACUCCUACUUCCUCUUUCUCUACUUUUAAGAUUUGAGAAUUGGUACCAUCGAAGUCCAGGAAGACCUAAUUCUACAAAAAGUAGGGCCCUGCAAUCAUAGGAAUCAGGCUCAAUCUUAUAUCGAGAAUGUAUGAUAUUAAAAAAAAUUUUCAGUAAAUGCAGGUCAAUAAACUUGUUGAUGUAUCUUGGUUAUCACAUGGUGAAGGGCAUAUGGCCAUGAUAUUAAUUAAUUUAGGUCACAGAAUUUAUGAUGAUCACAAUGACCCACUGUACAGUGAGAUAAUUGGUCUUCCUGAAAUAUGUAAGAUAGAGCCUAUGAUGAAAGGAUUUUUAAGUAAUUAUUAUAUUCCCAAAAGAAUAAUUCACUAACAUAGGCAUAGGCUGAAUCUCAAUUUUUAAUUACUACAAGUUAGGCAAUAUUAUUACAGGUGAAGAGCUGUCUGAAAGUUUAGAGAGGCUGCACCAUUGCCAGACAACAGUGCUACUGAGAGUAGUCUUUAAACCAGUAACAUCAGCUUCACCUGGGAGCUUGUUAAAAACACAGAAUCAGCCUCACCUAAGCCCAUCUGCAAAUAGAGUCCAAGGAUCUGUGUUUUAACAAGCUCUCCAGGUGAUUCCUAUGCAUGUUAAAGUUUAAGAAGCAUCGUUCUAAUAGCAACAUUCUCAACCUUUUUGCACAUGGAGAUGGCAUGGGGAACUUUUAAAAAUAGUUAUGCCUGAGUCCCAUUCCAGAUAGCCUUCAGCCUACCCAGCUCCCCUAAGGUUUAGAAUAGGGGUAUCCAAAGUGAGUGAAUACAAUACAACCAUUAGAAUAUAGACAUAAAUAUCAGAACUUCUAUUUUUAUUUCUUUUAAAUUUCGAUGUUUUAAGAUUUAUUUUUGCUUGUGCUUACGCUCUUCAUAGCAUUAAUAUAGUAACACAUGCAUAAAAUUUAUAAAUAUUAUUAUAAAUACAGAUGAUGCCUUUCUUUAAUUAUCAUACUUCAUAACAUGAACUUGAUUGAGUGUGCAUGAAAAUCACCUGGGAAGCUUAUUAAACUACAGAUUCCCGGGGCCUACCUGCCAGAGAUAAAUUCAGUUAGCCCGAGUUUGUGCCCAGGCAUCUACACUACAAGACAUACCCCAGAUGAUUCUUACAUAAAUGCUCCAUAGACCACUGUUUAAGAAACAUUCAUUUAGAACCACAUCCUAUUUCAGUUACAGCAAAAAUAGAGCUGUCUGGGAAGGCAGAACACCCAUUCAGGACCUCCAAGGGUGGUAGUACCUCAGGGGGAUAAUCAUGGUCAAAGGCACAAACCUCAUCUAUGAAGAACAGUAGCACACUCUCAUCAGUUUCCUGGGGCUAACCCUGGUUACAAAGACAGCUGUGUAAUCAUGAAUAUCAAUGGAUAGCUUUAUAACGAGAAAUAUAACUUUUAGUCAGACCAUGGUGGACCUUAUUGGUUGGUACUGCAGUAUGGUACUGUAGAAAACCAAUGGAAUGUAAAAUUAUAAUAAUAAAUUUGCUUCUUUAGCUUAGAAUCAGAGUAAGGAGAAAUAAUUAUAACAAAGUUUUAAGAGUUGUUGCCCUCAAAAUAUGACACAUGGUAUACUGCCAAAAGGAGAGGAAGAAUUAGACCAAAUAUAAAUCUAAAUGAUAUAAACACACCAAUUUAAAGAUAAAUAUUGUCAAGUUGUGCUAAACAAACCAACUGUAGGUUUCCUACAAGAAAUAUACUUACAAAUAUGUUAAGAGUAAAAAGAUAUAAAAAGAGGUACAUGUUAACAGUAAUCAAAAGAAAGCUGGAGUGGCUAUAUUAAUACCUGAUUAUAUAUUUUGGAUAUUAACCCCUUAUCUAAUAUGUGAUUUGCAAAUGUUUUCCCCUAUUUUGUAAGUUGCCUUUUCUUUGGUCAUUUUGUUUUGUUUUGGUUGAUUGGUUUUUUACUGUGCAUAGCUUUGUAGUUUGAUGUAGUCCCAUAUGUUGUUGUUGUUUUAAGAUUAAUAAUAUUGGUAAAUCCUUAACUAGUCUUAUCAAAAAAGAGAGACAGGUUGGGGGUAUGACAAAAAUUUAAAUAUCUAGAAUUGAAGAGGAGACAUCACUACAGAAGCUAGAGAAAUCAAAAAGAUAAUAAGGGAAUAUUAUAAACAGCUAUAUACCAAUAAAUUUGACAACUUAAGUGAAAUAAACAAAUACCUUGAAAAUUACCAGCUGCCAACGCUUUCUCAAGAAGAAAUAGACAACUUGAAUAGCUCUAUAGCUAUUGAAGAAAAUAAUUGUGUACUUACAAAUCUUUCCACAAAGAAAACUCAGGGCUUAGAUGGCUUCACUGGGGAACACUACCAACACUUAAGGAAGAAAAAAAAAAAAUCCCAAUUCUACACAAAAUGCUCCAGAAAAUAGAGAAGAAAACACUUCACAAAACAUUUCACAAGGCCAUCAUUA